CUCGUUCCUCAGAAGUAAGCCCAUGGUGGGCAAGGGGAUCCCGGGGACUGCAGCCUUCCAGCGCAGACCUGGGCAUGUCUGCUCAGGAGGAAUCCUGCACUGAGCUGGCAUGGACUUGCGCCCAGGACAGGAUGUGCAGCUGAGGAUAAAGCUGGAAGACCAGGCCAGAACUGGGCAAAUUCCAGAGAAGAACAUGGAGGAAGGAGACUCUGAAACUGGGACUCUUGGAACGUUUCUGUCUGAGGUUGAACCCCAACAAAUUAAAGGAGAGCCAGAUGAGGAUACACAAUGGCAUGAUUUCCAGACAGGAAUUUGUAGAGAAGGCGGCAAAUCACUGCUUCCAGGAUCUGCAAGCUGCGAUAAUACAUUUCUUUCUGCAUCAUGGAAGGCUGUUGCUAAUGCCAGCCAAGGGCCUAGAGGAAAGUCAGUGUCUGAAAACCUGCUAGGCCUUGGUAGAAAAGCCCAUGAGAUCCCUGAAAGUCGAGAUUCUCCUGUGAAAGAAAAAGAAGAGGUUCCAGAGAAGGAUAUGAUCAACUUGGAGACACUGCGCCAGCGAUUCAGGCACUUCUGCUACCAGGAGGCUGAGGGACCUCGAGAGGCAUUUGGGCAUCUCCAGGAUCUUUGCCAUCAGUGGCUAAACCCAGGAAGUCACACCAAGGAGCAGAUCCUGGAGCUGGUGAUCCUGGAACAGUUUCUGGCUAUCCUACCCUCAGACAUGCAGAACUGGGUUAGAGAGGACAACCCGGAGACCUGUGCCCAGGCGGUGGGUCUAGCAGAGGACUUCUUGCUUUGGAAGGAGGAAGCUGAAAUACAGGAAGGGCAGCUGCCAGAGCCUUUGGAGAAGGGGAGGGGUUCCCCCAAAGAGGAGCAGACUCACUUGGAUCCUCUGAAGGUGCAGCCCUACCUGGAGGCUGAGCAGAAAGGUGACAGGAAGUCCCACUUGCCAGGUGGUGGGAAGGUGGCUGCGAAUAAGCAUCUUGAGCCCGAAGUCUGUAAGCAGAGGAAAAUGGACGGAGAUUCAUUGGACAAAGCCAAAUGGGAUGUUUUCCAGUUUUCUCAAAUUGAAAACAUGCCAAAAUGUCAAAAGGAAACAGGGAAAAAUGAAAGAAGUAACCCAGGAGAAAGAGGAGGAAAAUGUGUUUGGGAGAAAGAUGGCAACACCAUCCUAAACAAAAGCACUUUUCAGAACAGAAUCCAGAAGGAUAAGAAUUGCUCCCAAAGCUUCAGCCAAACUCAAACUCAGAAGGAAAAAAGGCCAGACCAAUAUGUAGAUGGUGGAGCAAACUGGAAAUCAAUCCCUCAGCAAGAGAACAUCCAAAUGGAAGAGGAGGCAUAUAUGGAUUGUGGAACCAGCUUGCGUCAGAAACCGCUGCUAAGUAAUGCUCAUGAAAUCGCAGUAGGAGAGAAACCAUACAAAUGCUCUGAAUGUGGACACAGCUUUAGCCAGGGCUUCAGUGUUUCUGGAAACAAUUUUCAUAUAUGUUCCAACUGUGGAAAAAGCUUUAUCUCUGACUCAGUCCUUGGAAAAAAAGAGAGAAUACAUCUAGGAGACAAAUCCUCUAAAUUUUCUGCACGUGAAAAAGGUUCCACACAGCCUUCUGAUCUUCAGAUGGGAGAGAAACCAUAUACAUGCACAGACUGUGGGAAAAACUUCAGCUUUAGGUCCAGCCUUGUACGUCAUCAGAGACUCCACACUGGAGAGAAGCCUUAUAAAUGUUUAGACUGUGGGAAGAAUUUCAGUCAGAGUUCAAAUCUUCUUAAUCAUCAGAGAAUUCACACAGGGGAGAAACCAUACAGCUGCUCAGACUGUGGGAAAUCCUUCAGUAACAGUUCAAGCUUAGCAUCUCAUGAAAGAACCCACAGAGGAGAGAAACCUUAUAAGUGCUCUAGCUGUGGGAAGAACUUCAGCUGUAACUCAGUUCUUAGAAUCCAUGAAAGAAUUCACACAGGUGAGAAGCCUUAUGAAUGUCUGGAGUGUGGGAAAAGCUUCAGUCGGAGGGAAUUUCUCAUUGGGCAUCAGAGAACUCAUACAGGUGAGAAACCAUAUGAGUGUACAGAAUGUGGGAAAAGCUUCAGCCAGAGAUCAAACCUUAUUAAUCAUCAGAGAAUCCACACUGGAGAGAAGCCAUUUGAAUGCUCAGACUGUGGGAAAAGAUUCAAGCAUGGGUCUAGUCUUGUCCGACACGAGAAGACACACACAGGAGAGAAGCCGUAUCAGUGCUCUGAAUGCGGGAGAAGCUUCAGUCAGAGGUCUAUUCUGACCAGACACGAGAGAACUCAUACGGGAGAGAAACCCUACAAAUGCUCAGAAUGUGGGAAAAGCUUCCGCCACAAAUCAGCCCUUCUCAGGCAUGAGAAGAUGGAAGCAGGGGAGAGGCCCUAUGAAUGCUCCCACUGUGGAAAGGGCUUCAUUCAAAGGUCAAACUUCCUCAUCCAUGAGAGGAUCCAUACAGGGGAGAAACCAUACCUUUGCUCAGACUGUGGGAAAAGCUUUGUUCAAAGGUGGCACCUUCUCAUCCAUGAAAUGACGCAUAAGCAGGAGGAACCGCAUGAGUGCUCAAAGUGUGGGAAGAGAUUCAGUCACAGCUUAAGUCUCCUUGUUCAUGAAAGAAGUCACAUGGGAGAGAAAGUUUAUCAGUGCUCAGACUGUGGGAAAAACUUCACUCAGAGGUCCAGCCUUGUCCGACAUGAGAAGACACAUACGGGAGAGAAGCCAUAUAAGUGCUCUGAGUGUGGGAGAAGCUUCAGUCAGAGGUCUAUUCUGACCAGACACGAGAGAACUCAUACGGGAGAGAAACCCUACAAAUGCUCAGAAUGUGGGAAAAGCUUCCGCCACAAAUCAGCCCUUCUCAGGCACAAGAAGAUGGAAGCAGGGGAGAGGCCCUAUACAUGUAUACACUGUGGAAAGGGCUUCAUUCAGAAGUCCAACUUCCUCAUCCAUGAAAGAAUCCAUACAGGGGAGAAACCAUAUCAGUGCUCCAACUGUGGGAAACGAUUUGUUCAAAGGUCGCACCUUCUCAUCCAUGAGAUGACGCAUAAACCAGAGGAGUCCUAUCAGUGCCCAACAUGUGGGAAAAGGUUCAAUCAUAGUCUAAGCCUAGUUAUCCAUGAAAGGAGCCACACAGGAGAGAAACCGUACCAGUGUUCUACUUGUGGGAAAACCUUCAUUGAUAAAUCAAGCCUUCUCAGACAUGAGAGGGCACAUCACGGAGAGAAGCCGUACAGCUGCUCAGAAUGUGGGAAAAGCUUCAGUUAUAGGUCAGCUCUUCUCAGGCACAAGAAAACCCAGGCAGGAGGGAAGCCAUAUUGGUUCUCUGCUUGUGGGAAAAGCAUCAUUCAGAAACUAAAGCACCUUGCACAUGAGAGGCCCCGUAAUGGAGAUAACUCGUACAGCUGCUCAUAUUGUGGAAGAGGCUACAGCCUGAAGUACAAGCUCCUCAUACAUGAGCGAGCCCACGUGAAGAAGAAACCGUACAAGUGUUCCGAGUGUGGGAAAAGCUUCAGCCAAAGAUCCAACUUCAUUGUGCAUGAAAGGACCCACACGGGGGAGAAACCCCAUCAGUGCUCGGACUGUGGGAGACCCUUCAAUGACUGGAGGAAUCUCCUGAAGCACAAGAAGAUCCACACAGGAGAAAAGCCCUAUUGCUGUGGUGACUGUGGAAAAAGCUUCACAAAUAAGUCGACCCUCGUUGUGCACAAGAGGACUCACACAGGAGAAAAACCGUAUGAGUGCUCUGACUGUGGGAAAGGCUUCACCAGCAAAUCAAGCCUAAUCAAGCACGAACGGACUCAUACGGGUGAAAAGCCUCAUGUGUGUUCAGAAUGUGGGAAAAGCUUCAUCCAGAAAUCAAACCUUCUCAGGCAUGAGAGGACUCACAAAGGAGAGACCCACGUGGGGGAGAAACCACACAAAUGCACCGAGUGUGGGAAGGGCUUCAAUGAGAGACGUAACCUGGUGGUGCAUGAGCGCACUCACACGGGGGAGAGACCCUACAAAUGUGUCCACUGUGGGAAAACGUUCACCAACAAAACAACCCUCAUGGUCCACAAGAGGACUCACACAGGAGAGAAACCAUAUGAUUGCUCAUCCUGCGGGAAGAGGUUUCCAUAUAAGUCGAGCCUGAUCAAGCACGAGAGAACCCACACGGGGGAGAAGCCAUACACAUGCACCAGCUGUGGGAAGGGCUUCAACCAGAGUGCCAAUUUGCUUGCUCAUGAGAGAACUCACACAGGAGAAAAGCCGUUUAAAUGCUCGGAUUGUGGGAAAAGUUUCAGUGACAAAUCCAACCUCAUUAGGCACCAGAAAAGUCAUACAGGAGAGCAGCUCUAGAAAGACUCAUAUUUUGGUGGGAUGGGAAAAGCCCU